UUCAGAUAAAUGAAUAAAAAAUAUUAGUUUUCUAGGUUAAACUAAAGUUACAUUAUUGACUUAUUAAUACACUAUUUAUUUACUUUAACAAAAUGAGACACGCAAGUUUCAUAGCGAGGACAGUUUUCGUCCAAAAAAACGACGUCGAAGCCGCCUGCAAAGUGCUGAACAGGAUUCUGGGUAGGGAAGGUAUCUUGGAUCAAUUCAGAAGGACGCGGUAUUACGAGAAACCUUUCCAAUUCAGGAGACGGAUAAACUAUGAGAAGUGCAAAUCCAUCUACAACGAGGAUAUGGACAGAAAGAUCCAAUUUGUUCUAAGGAAGAACCGCACCGAUCCCUACCCAGGUUGUAUUUAAAUUAGAGUGAAAGAUCAGUAGUCAGAUAUACUCUUGUAUAUUAAUCACUAGUUCUAAUUAUAAUACAUAAAAAAUAACAUUAAUAAAAAUUUAAAUUUAUAAAGAUCA